AUGAACAACGAUGAAAUAUAUGAAAUAGAUGAUACUCGAUCUAAUGCAGGUACAUCAUCAGAAGAAGCUGGUUCAAAUGAAGGUGCUGAAAAUGGAUAUGUUGAAAAUGGAGAAUACUAUUAUAUAAUACCUCUGAAUACCCAGGACGACACCAAUAAAGAUGCAGAAAAUAAUACUGAAGAUAUUGAUGGUAAUAUCAAAGACAUUGGUGCAAAUGUUGAAGAUAUUAGCAAUAAUAGAGAUUGUUAUUUUAUUGGGAUUAAAAGUAGAGUAUGGACUGCAAGAGGCCUUCUAACAUAUAUCUACAUAUUGUUAAAGCCUCAAUACCAGUCAAGAUUUGCAAACUUGCUUGUGGCUUUUGUGAAGUUAUUGCUUAUUGGCAUUGCAACUUACUUCUUAUUCCCAUACAGGUUUUUUAUCUUUUUAAUAUUGCUCUUCUCUAAAGACGUAAGAGUUGGCUUAGACAAAAUCUAUACUAGUCCUUUAAAGCAUUCUUUGAUUAUUAAGAUAGGAUUAGCUCUUCUUAUUCUUCCCUUCAAGUGGCCCACCCUUUUGGUUGCUGCUAUAGCUACAUGCUCUUUUGUAGCUGUGCGGUGGAUAAGAAAGUGUCUUACAUCUCACAAAUACUGGGAUGCUUUAGGCAUCACAACGGGAUUAGCCUCUAUUUAUGCGCUGUCUCUUAGCAGCUACUGGAUAGAAAAUAUACACAAUGGCUUGCAAUGGACAAUCCUGUUGCAGCUCACUAUUUUUGCAGCUUUGACCUUUGGCUUGGGAGUUACAACAUCGUUUUUCAUUUUUUCUGAAAACACUAUUAAGGCAAUUCAGCUAUAUGCUGAGUUUUUAAGUUACACUUUGCCAGAAAUAGAAGAGCGUAAGCAGAAAUUAUCUGCGCUGGAUAAGGAAAUAGCUGAGCUAAAAUUAGAAGAAGAGAGAAUUGAAGAGGAGAGAACUAGACGCCUAGCAAAACGCUUAACUAUAGGAAUUUUAGGCGAAUUAAAGGAAGAAAAUACUAGAAUUAAAGAAAUGGAAAAUGAAAAGGAAAAGGAAAAGAAAGUAAUAGAGCUUAGUAUUACAAAUCUAAAAGAAAACAAUGACAUAAGAUCUUAUAAUAGCAGUGGCUACAUUGAAAAGAACUUAGACCAACUACUUUCAUUCAGUAAUACGCGGAAUAUUAUAGUCGAGCUCUUUAGAAGCUUGAAAUACAGCCUUAUAGCAGUGUCAGUCAUCGCAGGCUUUUCUGUUCUAUUUAUAAGCUGCUACUCUAGAUCAGAGCUCCCGCUGGCUGAGUAUAUUCUAUCAAUCUUUCCACCACAGGUUACUGAAAAGUUAAGCAAUAUACUAAUGUGA